AUUACAUUGCAUUGUAUACUUGGUUUUCAGUUUCUCAGUCUCUUCAAAGUGCGUUAAAGAUAUUCUUGAGAGAUUGAAAGGAAGAAGGUGAGAGAUUUCAGUUUCUUCCAUUUCGAUAUGGGUUGUAUUCUCUCUUGCUUUAAUGGAUUAGCAACCAUGGGGGAAUCUGAUGACGACAGGACACAUUCUACCACAGAUAGAAGAGCAAGAUCAGAGAGUCCAAUUGUCAUUAAACGUGCAAAAGUAUUUUCAUCCAUAGAGCUUGCAGCAGCUACAAAGCAUUUCAGGUCAAGAUUUCUGCUAGGUAGAGGGUGCUCUGAUGGGAGUGUGUACAAAGGUCGACUCAAAAACGGCCAAGAUGUUGCUGUGAAAGUGCUUGAAAAAAAUUCCCAAGAAAAAGACGGAGAGUUUGUCGCGGAGGUUGAGAAGCUGUCUCUCUUGUAUCACCCAAAUCUUGUGACACUGAUUGGUUACUGUUGCGAAUGUGAUCGACGGCUACUUGUUUACGAGUAUAUGCCAUUGGGGUCCUUGGAGAAUCAUUUAUUCGAUCUUCCUCCUCGCAGGGAACCACUUGACUGGCAUACAAGGAUGAAGAUAGCAAGCGGUGUGGCAAAAGGAUUGGAGUAUUUGGAGAAUUGGAGAGACCUUCCUGUGAUGUUUGGAGAGUUCAAAUCAUCGAACAUCCUCCUGGACGAGGGUUAUAAUCCCAAGUUGUAUUAUUUUGCGACCCUUGGUAAUAGCAGUCAUGUUUCAACAGGAAAAUAUGCAGUGACCGGCAACCUAACUCCGGAAUGUAAUGUCUACGGUUUUGGAGUGGUCCUUCUCGAACUCAUUUCGGGGCGGAAAGCCAUUGAUUCCCCUGAAACGUGCAACCUUGUUAAGUGGGCACGACCUAUUUUGAAGGACAAUAAGUUCUAUAGGUUGGUGGAUCCUCUACUUCACGGGAUAUAUCCAGAGGAAUGGGUUAAUCAGGUGAUUGUUAUUGCAGCUAUGUGUUUGCAUGAAAAAGCUGAUAGAAGGCCUACGAUACGGGAAGUGGUUUCUGCUCUAACGUACAUGGAAUCACAGCAUGAUAACAGAACGGGUCGACUCCCAUGCGCAUUCUUCUACCCAUCUGUUGGCAGAAAAGAAACUGGAUUGGAGAAAGAACGGAAGAAAGGGGAUUUUGAGAGAGGCAGUGCCAGUUAUGCUGCAGAUAUUCCAAAGCAAAGAGUUGGGUACAUACAAAUGCUAGAGAUGUGACUAAACAUACCUAUUCAUUUCUUCUGCUACAUUUUGCAAAACUAAAUUUCCAUGUAUAGUAGUUUUAAUGCAGUCAUCUUUUCGAAAGAUAACUUUUGCAUUUAAUCAGAAUUUGUGUUUCAAAACGAAUUUUGUUUUUUUUUUAUUUUAUUUUUUAUUCUUUUCUUAAC